CUCCGCCCUCUCUCCUCCUCAUAUUCUCUCUCUGCAAAAAUGUAACCAUUUACAACUUCGCCUUCUCCGCCCUCUUUCCUCCUUAUAUUCUCUCUCUACCUCUCUCUCUAGGCCCUGAACUCUUCCCUCUCUCUUUCUCUCUCUAAACCAGUUUUUCUUCUUCUUCUGAGACAAUGUCUGCGUUCUCGGCUCUCAAGAUCCAACCCCCUCAGCUCCAUGGCCUCAACUCCAAAAAAUUUGCAGAGAAGAGCCCUUCAUGUCUCAAGACCAUCAGCAACCCCUUUUUGGGCUCAAUUCAGAGGAUCCCAAAUCUUCGAAGAAGGCGGGGCGUUUCGGAUCUUCCUCGUGCUGCAUCCCCAUCCACCAUUGUCGCCAUUUCGGAGCUUGUCAAGGAGAAGACGUCGAAAUCUGCUGCAUCAGGCCUGUUGAUCACUAGAGAAGAAGGCCUUGAGCUCUAUGAGGACAUGAUCCUAGGCCGCUCCUUUGAGGAUAUGUGCGCCCAAAUGUAUUACAGAGGCAAAAUGUUCGGCUUUGUCCACCUCUACAAUGGCCAAGAAGCUGUCUCCACAGGCUUCAUCAAACUCCUAACGCAAUCAGACUCUGUUGUUAGUACGUAUAGAGACCAUGUCCAUUCUUUAAGCAAAGGGGUCUCAGCUCGAUCUGUUAUGAGUGAGCUCUUUGGCAAAACCACUGGUUGUUGCAGAGGCCAAGGUGGUUCAAUGCACAUGUUCUCAAAAGAGCACAAUGUGCUCGGUGGCUUCGCUUUCAUAGGAGAAGGCAUACCAGUUGCUACUGGUGCUGCCUUCUCUUCGAAAUAUAGGAGAGAGGUGCUCAAAGAGGAGUGUGAUGAUGUGACUUUGGCCUUUUUUGGGGAUGGGACCUGUAACAAUGGCCAAUUCUUCGAGUGCUUGAACAUGGCGGCUCUUUGGAAAUUGCCCAUUGUUUUUGUGGUGGAAAAUAAUUUGUGGGCUAUUGGUAUGUCGCAUCUGAGAGCAACCAGUGAUCCUGAGAUUUGGAAGAAGGGGCCGGCAUUCGGGAUGCCGGGCAUUCAUGUUGAUGGGAUGGAUGUGUUGAAGGUGAGAGAGGUGGCAAAGGAGGCGAUAGGGAGAGCGAGAAGGGGAGAGGGGCCGACACUUGUUGAGUGUGAGACUUACCGGUUUAGAGGGCAUUCGCUUGCUGACCCUGAUGAGCUUCGUGAUCCGGCUGAGAAGGCUCACUAUGCUGCAAGAGACCCAAUAAUGGCCCUGAAGAAGUACAUCAUUGAGAACAACCUAGCAAAUGAAUCGGAGUUGAAAGUUAUCGAGAAGAAGAUUGAUGAGAUAGUUGAAGAGGCAGUUGAAUUUGCAGACAAAAGCCCUCUCCCACCUCGGAGCCAGCUCCUCGAGAAUGUGUUUGCUGACCCAAAAGGCUUUGGUAUUGGACCUGAUGGAAGGUACAGAUGUGAAGACCCUGGCUUUACUGAAGGCACCGCACAGGUCUAGAUAUCCCAAAGACCCAAACUGGGUCCCUCUUGUGGAAUUUAUAUUAGGGUUCUGUUAGUUCUGAAAAUGAAGUUAAAGAGGUCAUUGUGAUAUGUAUGAGAUUCUCCUAGUUAGCUAGGGAAUUUUCCUUCCUUUCUUUAUUGUAAUCAAUUUCUUUUGUAAUCAGGCAUUCUCCUAUUUUUAUAACAGUUCAGAUUAAGAGAUGCAAAUUGACAUAGUGAUUUUUCAUGGGGUUUUA